CCAGAGUUCCGUGUUUUAGCUAAAUAGACUCAGUAUUUACGCUGGAUGGAGUGCCAGUAGUACGGCUCAUUAAAUGCAUAGAUUUCACCAAAGACGUAUUACUUUUCCAUCUCUGUUACUGUAUUUACCGUUCAAGUCGCUCACAAUCUGUACACCCCUAAAAGCUGUGAACAGAGCCACCAGCGGUGGCAGGCGCAAGGGCCACAUGCGGCUCGGAAGCCGAAAUAAUCGCCCUCUGAACUAAUACAAAAUCAGGUGCCUUGCUGCUACAGAGAGUACAGACAGGAAUACUGUCUGUGGUUCUGUAGCCAGCCUCAAGUGACUAUUUGGCACUUCUGCGUUGGCUUCGCGUCACAGCCACAGAGGAACGUCACUAGAGGAGGAGGGGGUGAACUGUCUUGGUCGGAUAGAGACUCUUUGGUUGGUCAAACUCGUAAAAGUUGGUGCAGAAAGUGGAGAAGAAGAUCUGUCGUGCAGACAACGAUGGCGUUAGAGCUGUACCUGGACCUGUACUCUCAGCCGUGCCGCUCCGUUUAUAUCUUCGCCAAGAAGAACAACAUCCCCUUUGACUUGAGACGACUGUCGCUGCUGGACGGCGAGCAGUAUGGAGAAGAGUUUGGGAAGAUCAACAUGAUAAGGAAGGCCCCCGCUCUGCGAGACGGAGACUUCUGCCUGGCUGAAAGCAUUGCCAUCCUGCUGUAUCUGGCAGAGAAGUUUCAGACUCCAGACUUCUGGUACCCAGCUGACCUCCAGCAGCGCGCUCGUGUUAAUGAGUACCUGUCAUGGCAGCACAUGGCCAUCCGUAUGCAUGGAUCCAAGAUGUUCUGGCUCCGGCUUUUGAUUCCCAAAGUUCUGGGUGUGGAAGUCCCGCAGGACAAGCUGGACGCAGCCUUGGAGGACCUGAACGGCUCGCUGAAGCUCAUUGAAGAAAAAUUCCUCCAGGACAGGCCCUUCAUCGCAGGAGACCACAUCUCAUUGGCCGACCUGGUCGCCAUUGUGGAGGUCAUGCAGGUGUGCAGAGCGGUUUUUAAACUGAGAGGAGCGAUAAAGGAGGCUUCACAGUGUUUUACAAAACAAUUAUAUAUGAAUAUUAUAUAUGAAUGAAAUGAAACCACAGUU